GGCUCCGGCGGCCGGCCGCUCCGCGUCGCCAUCUUGGGGAGGUCCAGGUGGUUCCACCCCCGCCGCCAUUUUGAGAAGGUCAGGCUAUGGCCCUCGCUGUAACCCGGAGAAGGCGGGAGCCCACGCUCGGUGCUGCUUGUUGAACUUGGCAGUGGCCCACAGCCAGGAGGACUCCCAGUUCCUCCCCUCGCGGAGCAGGGCGUUUCACUCCUGCAUCUUCCUCAUAGAGCAUCUUCAUGCAAUGGGCCUGAACACAUUUCACCAACACAAGUGAUCUAAGCUGCAGGAGAACAAGCCAUGUGAGAAACAGAAUAAAGAGGGAGACCAUAACUACCUAUCCCUAAAUGCGUCAGAAUAGCAGCAGAGACCAGAGGAAAAUAUACCAUUCAACACUCAAACUUCAGUAUGCUGCCUGCUCACAAGAACAAAGCAGAUAAGUACCUGUUAAUACUCCAUUUAAAAUACAAGUACUUGGCAACAAGUGCAGUAGCUGAUGUUCAGAAUCCUGUGGCAAUGCAGGACGUGCCCUGGAGCCAACAGAACCUGAAGCUGUGGGUGCUGGUAGAUAUAACGAAGUACUUCAACAUCAGUGAUAGCAUUGCAGGCUUACUGCAGACAGUCUUCAUCUUAUGUUUUUUGGUGUCUGCACCCAUCUUUGGAUACCUUGGUGACCGGUACAACAGGAAAGUCAUCCUCAGUGCUGGUAUCGUCCUCUGGUCAGGUGUGACGUUAGGCAGCUCAUUCAUCACUGAAUCGUACUCCUGGAUAUUCUUCGUUUCACGAGGAUUUGUUGGCUUCGGCACAGCCAGUUACUCCACCAUAGCACCUACCAUCAUUGCGGACCUGUUUGAGAAGGACCAAAGGACCUGGAUGUUGUCUGUCUUCUAUAUUUCCAUCCCAGUUGGAAGUGGUCUUGGUUAUGUUCUGGCAUCUAGUGUAACGCAGGCUGCUGGCCACUGGCAUUGGGCAUUCAGGAUAACUCCUUGCAUGGGUGUUGUAGCAGUGGCUCUUCUGAUUCUACUGGUCCCUAAUCCAACCCAAGAUGCAGCUGAAGGACAGGGAGGCCAGAGCAUCACUAGCACAACUCAGGGAGCAGAUAAGAAGCCCGGUGCCCAGAGUACUGCCAGCACGACCUGGUGUGACGAUGUCAAAUCCCUCAGCAAGAACCGAAGUUUCAUCUGGUCCUCAUUGGGUGUGACAGCCAUGGCCUUUGUGACUGGAGCCCUGGGAUUAUGGGUACCACUGUUCCUUGACAGGGCUCAGGUAGUCCAUGACCUUGUACCUCCAUGCCUUCAGGAGCCAUGCAAAUCUCCCAACAGCCUAAUAUUUGGAGGAAUUACCAUCGCAACGGGAAUUGUUGGUGUCAUCACUGGGGCAGCAGUUGCAAGAAGAUAUAAGAAGAUAAACACUAAGGCCGACCCUCUUAUCUGUGCUGUGGGCAUGUUCUCCUCCGCUCCAUUUCUCUAUCUGUCUAUCAUGCUGGCUGCGCGGAGCAUCGUUGCCACUUAUAUUUUUAUUGCACUUGGAGAAUUUUUUUUAGCCUUAAACUGGGCCGUUGUGGCUGACAUACUACUGUAUGUGGUGGUACCAAAACGCCAGUCAACAGCUGUUGCCUUGCAGAUUUUUGUGAGCCAUUUGCUGGGAGAUGCAGGCAGCCCAUACCUCACUGGAGUGAUCUCUGAUGCUCUCCAUACCAGGCAGAAUGACUCACACCUGGGGGCCUUCCGGAGCCUGCAGUACAGCUUCAUCUUGUGCGUCUUCAUUGAUGUCCUUGGGGGAGGCUUUUUCCUCCUGACAGCCCUUCAUGUUGAGGAAGAUCGUCAGGAAGCCCAGCAACUUUGCAGAGGUAUUGAGAACAAAGGCUACAUUUCAACUGAAGAUGAUCUCCAGGAUGAAGCAUGAAGGAGCCACUGCUUCCUUUCCUUUUGCCUGAUGAAGCUACAGUUGGAGGAAAAGGCCAAAUAACAAUCCCUCCAUAUGGAAAGAAAAA